AUGACGGAUUAUUCCAACGUUGAUAUUCAUUCUUGUGGUACUACUUAUUUCUCAUUUCUUUCGACUUCACGUCAACUAUCGGAGACAACGAUAGCGAAAAAUACUGAGCAAUUCCUCAGUAGAACGUUUAUUAACACACAUGCCAUACCAAGAUCGGGGUUCUAUUUUCAAGUGGACAGUAUUAUAUCGCAAUUCCCAAAACUGAUCACACAACGGUUCUCUCAAACGCUCAGCUUGUUACGUGAUGUUCUGAAUAGCAAUGUUCUCGGUUCGUCCUACUUUCUCAAUUUGGAUUGGCAAAUUUAUGUGAAUAGAACGUGCAUAACAAUUCCGGUUCGUUUGGAAGCCGAAGUGAUUUCGUUGAAUCAGGAAGAAUAG